AUGAAUCAAACCUGGUUUGGCUUAUCGAAUGCCGAUAAAACUGGCACACGUUAUGACUAUAACAAUUUUCUCUUAACUGCAGAUCUUUUUCUUAAUAAUACAUUACAGGAAAUUUCAAAUGAUCUUCAUAUUGGCUACCAGGCGUUCUUCUCGACGUCAACAUCAACUUUCAAACGCAUACAAAAUACUUCGCAUGUCAAUCAAAGCUUACUCGCAAACUCAUUGUAUAUAAAUGGUAUCGCAUCCCCGAUUGAAAGAUUCAUCCUCACUUUUCUCAUGUCAACUAUGGCAUUCUUAACUGUAUCGGGCAACUCAUUAGUGAUUAUUGCGUUUAUAUGUGAACCAACGAUACGAACGUAUUCGAACUAUUUCAUCCUUAAUCUUUCUAUCGCGGAUCUGCUUAUUGGACUUAUUUGUAUUCCACUGUAUGCUCAUAAAAUAAUCUUCGGUGAAUGGUAUUUGGGUUAUAUUCUUUGUAAAUUAUGGCUAGUUUUUGAUUAUGUCGUUGGAUCGGCAUCUACGUUAUGUAUUGUUGUUAUUUCUUAUGAUCGUUAUCAAAUGGUUUCGAAAGGUUUAAAUUAUAUAUCUAAGACAACGAUACGACGAGCAUUGAAGUUUAUGUUAGGUACAUGGACGAUCGCAAUGCUCAAUUAUGGUCCUGCAAUAUUGUUAUGGGAUUGGUUACCUGGUAGUGAUCCGUUUCAGAAUCGAUCCUGUGAUCCUCCAUUUGCUAAUAAUUUUCCGUACUUGGUGACAACGGCAUUUGUAGAAUUUUUCGUACCUUUUUUUAGUAUAACGACGCUUAAUCUCCUAGUCUAUAUGAACAUUCGUCAACGUUCUCGAGGAUUAAUACGCACAAACAAGGAUAACAGUGGUAAUAACCAUCAUCUCGCGCCAAACGAAGCGAAACUACGGCAUUCUAUAGAUAAUUGUAAUGGUAAACACGAUCCUCAUGACGCUCAAGAACUUAUUCAAUUUCAACCCUCGGCAAAUUCUCCUCUACCCGUCUCAACAACUUAUUCCAAAUCGUCAUCAUCGUUAGCCUUAGCACGUGAUCGUAAAGCAGCGAAAAAUCUGUUCAUUCUCGUUUUCGUGUUCGUUCUCUGCUGGUGUCCAUACACGUUCUUAACAUUAAUUCGAGCUUUAUGUAAAAAUCCUGAUAAGUGUAUUUCAGCAUUUAUCUACGAAAUUACAUUUUGGUUGUUAUGGUUAAAUUCAACGAUCAACCCGUUAUUAUAUUCAUUUCUUCAUGUCAAAUUCCGUGAAGCAUUUUAUCGUAUUUUAUGUUUUUAUAACGUAAGACAUCGUCGUCGAUUAUGA